ACCUUCAAUUACGGUUAAAACGAUUUCCAACUGCAGUAAAAUAAAAUUUGGGAGAAAAAUAUUGAGGUUGACGACGACAGUCAAGCAACUCCACCUUCCUCUACCCCAAAAUCUUGACUACGUUUAAUUCUCUUCCACGCUCUUUUCCCCUUUAUCUUCUUCUUUCAAAUCCCUAAUUUCUGCCUUCCUCAGUAUUUGGUAUUUACGAUUGCAGAUUGAAUUGCUUCGCACAAAUUCAGAUGUGUCCUCUAAGAAUAAUUUUGAUAUUUCUUUCAGCUACCCUCGCUGGAUUUUUUGUGCUCAAGAAUCUUAAAUCUGGGGAUGAAAAUCAUAUUCCUGUUUCACCCAAACCUAAUCAAUCUUCCUCAUCUUCGUCUUCGUGCAAGGAAAAGGUAAUGUCAGCAAUUGGUUCGGGCUUUUGGACGUUGGUGGAUAUGGCUAGUGGUCGGUAUCUUUGGAGGUAUUUUGCUUCUGGCACAACCAAAAGCUCUGCUUAAUUCAUUUCUAUGUUAGAGAUUGGUAAUUGUUGUACUUGAUGUUGUUUGAUGAUGAUGAAGUUGUUUGAAGAAAAUGCAUAUUGGUAACUGUAAUUUGUACCUACUCAGGAAAUGAUGAUAAUUGUUGUUGGUGAUCUAUAAUGUAAUAUUGUGGAACCACUAUAUUUGUACAUACAUUUACUUGUUUGUAACUCAGAAUCAAAUUUUCCUUCCUUUACCCUUAA